AUGGCCAUCCCAGACUCCCUCAUCAAAUCCUUACGCGAGACCCUCGUCUCUUCAAAAACCUUCACGCCCCAAGAUGAAGGCUACGAAGCCGCCCUGACCCGCUGGUCCGACACCGGCCGCAAAGAAGCUGGCAUUGUAAUCCAACCAACCGAAGUAUCCGACAUAGUCACUGCGCUAAAAUGGUCGCAAACACACAACAUCGACCUCGCCGUAAAAUGCGGCGGCCACUCCGUCGCAGGCACAAGUUCCUCAGCAGGCGGUCUCGUCAUCGACCUCUCCCGUCUUAACAGUGUCUCCGUCGACGCUGCAUCCAAAACAGCCACCGUCGGCGGCGGAGCUACCUGGAAGCACGUCGACGAAGCUCUAGCGACCCACGGCCUCGCCGCCGUCGGGGGCACAGUGAAUCACACCGGCGUCGGCGGCUUAACGCUCGGCGGCGGGUACGGGUGGUUAAGCGGGAUGUACGGGCUAACAAUCGACAACCUACUCAGCGCGACGAUCGUUCUAGCGAGCGGAGAAAUCAUCACAGCCUCAGAAACUGAAAACAGCGAUUUAUUCUGGGGUCUGCGCGGGGCCGGGUAUAACUUCGGCAUUGUGACCGAGUUUACGUUCCAGGCGCAUGAGCAGAAGAAUCCCGUUUAUGCGGGUGUUCUGGGCUUCACGCCGGAUAAAGUUGAGGCUGUCAUUGGGGUUCUGAAUGGGCUUUUGCUGGAUAAGCCUGAUCCGCGCUCUGGGGCGAUUUGUGUCUUUGCGACGCCGCCGGGGGCGCCGGUGCCGAUGGUGAAUCUGAUUGUCUUUUAUAACGGGACGCAGGAGGAGGGGGAGAAGAGGUUUGGGGAGUUAUUGUCGCUUGGUCCGGUUGCGAAUAUGGUUAGCAUGAUCCCGUAUAGCCAGGUGAAUGCUCUGCAGAACCCGAUGGCGACGUACGGGGAUCGGAAGUCGUUCAAGGGCGUGUUCUUCAACCCGCCUCUGUCGCCUGCGUUUGCGAGGAAGAUGCUCGAGGAUUUCACGGCAAAGGUUAUGUCUGAUCCGGAUUUGGGCAAGUCGGGGCUCCUCCUUGAGUUUUAUGAUAUGAUGAAGACGGUGGAGGUUCCGAGGAGUGCGACUGCGUUUGCGAGUCGGGGGACGACGCAGAACGGGCUUAUUACGCUGCGAUGGACGGAUAAGAGUAAAGAUGGAGAGCAUAGGGCUUGGGCGAGGGAGGUCCAGGAGCGCUGGAAAAAGGAGCUUGAAGGGAGACAGGUUGGGAAUGUGGAUAUAAAGGGCAAGGAGGGCGUGCCGCAAUAUAUCAACUAUGCUGAGCCUGGUGACUCUGUUGUUGGGAAUAUCUACGGCGAGAACUUUGGUCGAUUGAAGGAUCUCAAGGCCAAGUAUGACCCGACGAAUGUCUUCCACAAAAUGCAUCCAAUUGCCCUAGAUUAA